AGAAAUUUAUCGACGGUUUAAAGGCCUACUAAGGCAGUAAGAUAAAUUGAGUUUUACUGUAAACAUAUAACCUCCAAAUACCCUAAAAUCAAUUGAGCUUCGAGACUGCAAACUUAUCAUUUACAGUCAUUGAUUAAUAUAUUGAAAUCUCUAUUGAUUAAAAUACUUUAUUUGUUGCAUUCGGAGGAUUUGCUAACAGUAAUCUGGUGGAAACAAAACCUAAACAUGAAGUCAAUGCUCUUAAGAGAUUCUGUCAAAAAAGCUUCUCAAUUUCAAAAGGUACUCCAUAAGGAUCCAAACCAAGCUGAAAAAUUACUGGAAGAACGCCGACAACUGUUAGAACAAGCAAUAUCGACGAUUGAAGAUGAUGAUUCGCAUUCCAAGGUCAGUCUACAAUCUCAUUUGGACCGUCUAAAACGUGAUGAAAACUUAAUGAAGAGAGUCUUGAGUAACGAAGUUAGCUCUGCUGGGUUGGAUAAUACCGAAAACGUUAAAGCUAUGGAAAAUAUGUAUGAGCUACAAGAGGCAAAUUCACUGGACAACUCCAUUAGGGGAACGAACGAACUGCUUGAACGAGCGCUAGCUACUCGUGAAGACUUUGAAUAUCAAAGUAGCGUUCUUCAAAGUGUUUCUGAUCGUGUAAAUCGUGUGGCAUUGACUAUACCAUUUAUCAAUCAAGUUUUACGAAAAACAAAGUCUAGAAAGCAAAGGGACGUUAUUAUUUUUUCUAUUCUCAUUUCCACAUUAACUUUGCUAUUUUUCUUUUUUCACUGAAAAAAGAUGUAUACAUGGAAUACGGAUGGAAGUCAUCAUAUCUAUCACUGCUUAAUAUUAUGCUUUUGAAGACUGGCUUUUCAAAAAUUUGCAGGCAUCGUGAAACCUUUCCAAUUCCUCUUUUGUAGGGAAGCCCGUCCCUGCCCAUCUUAUCUUGCAAGUUUCAUCAAGUAAAAACAGAUUUCCAACUAAUCGAUUGUUCCAUUGAAUUUCCGGAUAGCGUAAUCUUCUGUUCAACGAAAUGACAUAGUUACUCUAUUUCGGUUAGUUAAAUCAAGCUCAUAAUAGAAUGCACUUUACCCAACAUUCUUUAGAAGGAAGAGAACUCUUGAUACUUCCCGAGAAUAAUCGCGUUAAAAAGUACUUCAUGAUAUUGGACUGGACGUUAAAAUAGAAUACUGGAAAGUCGCUAAUCUUAUCGAGGUCUUGUAUCCACUGUUUACUCUGAUUUUCACCAUAACUAUUCCCAAAAAGCAAUACUACAGAGGGUUUUCCCAAGCAGUUUCUGUAUAGAUUUACCUUUUCCCCAGACAAAGAUUUUCCCUGAAAAUUGUACAUCCAAAGAGAGGCCUGAAAGCUGUUAAAAUACUUGUUUGCGACUACCUAAACCUGUGUUGGUCUUACCUCCUUUUUGAACACCCUAGGUGGAGAAUAAAAUAGUUUUCCGUUAUUCUGUUGGACUUCAGAAAUAUCCUGGACUAUUGAUCCUUUCAUCUCUCUGAGAAUUUUGUCUUGACGUUGACUAGCUGUCAGCUUGGGUUGUUUACUAGUGUCUGUGCUAUCCAAAGGAGAGUUUUGGAGACCAAUUGGUGUUAACAAUUUAGGUGUAUUGUUGAUUAUUUGACUGUAAUAGCGUAUACAUCCUAAUGGUUUCGAACAAACCCUAGUAAGGUUAUUCAGAUUCCUAGGUUUCAACCACGACAUGGAAGCUGUCUUUUCUGCUAAUAUCUUGAAUAAGUAUAAAUUUGAAAACCGCCGAAAUAUAUAAAGUAUAACAAACUUCGCAAAUACAAACUAAUGCGAAGUUUCCCAAAUCAAGUCAGAUGCACCAUUGUUACCUACAUACAAGUAUGUUUGUUACUGGGUUUACGAAACGAGAAAACUAAAGGUGAUUUCUAUGAAUUGCGUGAAGUGGGAAUGACUAUAUUUACAUGUUCGUAUAAAAGUAAAUGACUCAGUCAGCGGUGACCGACACCUAGAUGUUGGCUACAUCACCAUUGAUCUAUGUAUUUCAAUGCACGAUCGUUACCAUCAUAUGUUAGUUCGCUGAGAAGAAAAGAAAUCAUGCUAAAAAAAGUGAUACGAAACCCAAGGUUAUAUAUAUACUUAAAAUAUUAAUUCCCCAGUAAAUGAUGUAUCGUGCUUAGACAAUUGGAAAAAUUGUUGAUAAAAGGCUUUGCUAUAAUUGUUCCUCUUUAUUAAUUAAAAAAUCUAGUAUUAAAAUACAUUGCAACGGUCAUUACUUAAUUUCAUGGAUCCAUGUUGACUUCUUUAGCUGCAUAUAUGCCUAUUCCAUGAUUCCGAAUUAAAUCAGCUAACGGAAGUUCAUCAGCGUCAUCAAGGUCGACGUGAUAAGGUAUAUAUUUUAAAAGCUGCAAGCCUUUCGUAUCCUCGUCAGAUUGUAGAAGUGCGAUAGGACAGACUAAUAUAGGAAAAGAAAUGGUCUUUGAGGAAACAAAAUUUAUGAAUUCCUUUUCAAGCUUUUGAGUAUUGUGAUGAUCUUCCCAAAAAAGGGAUAAGGUUUGUUCCUUGGAAUAGUUGUAUAGUUGGACAACAUCAAUUGGACUGGAAUUUGGACGUGCCAACAUCCAUGUUGGUGCUGUAUAGGUUCUCCAGUAAUAAAUUGUAGCUGGAUAAUAAUUGUUGGAGGUCUGAUUAAGCAAACCAUUAUCACGGAGUAUUGAACCAAGUUCUACAACAGAAGGAACGACUCCGUUUUGGUGCAUAAUCCCAUAAAAUACCGACAUAACAAUCGAAUAAAUAAUGAAUAGCAAGAGGAGAAAACGAGAUCUUAUAUACCGAGCUGCAAAAACCACAUAAAGAGAGAUGGCGGGGAGUAAAAACCUUGCUUCUUGAUGUGGAAAAAUGGAAAGGACAGCAACCGGGAAAAUCCAAAACCACGCUUGAGCAUUUCGAAUGUUCCAUAGUGAAAAUGUAGGGAGUAACGGACCACAUAGAAGAGGAACAUUAACAAAAAAAUGCUGGGUCUUGGAAUGGAUUCCGUGUAAGGCCAAAUUUUCAAACCGAGAGUUAUAACUAAUAUUGUUUAAAAGCGUAACUGUAAACUUUCCAUAGAACUUAUAGUCUUCAUAAAGGCACAAUGAAGAUAUUAGUACGCAUGAACAAAAC